AGUAAAUGUACAGUUAAGAUGCUGAACUCAGAUCAGCUGUGUUUUCAGGAUGAAGACGGCGUCGAUGACCUGAAUGAUUUAGUGUUUCCUCACAAGCCUCACGAGCUCAAGGACGACACUUUCCUGAAAACUGAAGCCGGACGCAGUCUUUCCCCUCAGGAGUUUAAGAAUUCAUAUUCAAAUGGAUAUAUGGGAGCUUCUUCAUGGGAUUCAAUGGCAGCAGAUGCAGAGAAAGCAAAUCCUAAAGCUUCAGACGGGUUUAUGUCUUCAGACUUCAGUGAGAAACCUCAGGAGAUGCAGGACUGCCGACCCAAGAAACCAGCCAAGUUUAAAGUUCCUCGUUUCCCCCGCAGAAACUCAAAGAAUACUGAGGAUGCAGAGAUGCGGCAGAAUCACGAGGCUUCAGAGAUGAAGAAGCCUCCUCUUCUUCAGGUGCCGCCGCUUCAGGAGCUGCGCAGAAACUCAUGGGGUGUUGAUCUGGACGAGGGCCCUCAGAAGGGAGCAGACGCUGAGCUGUCGGAGGACUUCGGCUGGGAGGAAUAUACCCCGGAUAAUAAACCCCAGAAACCCAAAGAGACAGCCAGUCACCAUCGAGGCUCAAAGAAUAAAGACUUUCCUGAUGACCUUCUGGAUCCUCCAGGAGCAGCAGCUGCAGAUUAUCACCUGUCAGAUGCUGCCAAGGCUGAGUGGACUUCAGCUCAGAUGGACAUGAAGAGAUUGAGGGAUCAGGAGGAAGAGCAGAAGCUGGAGCAAGAGGAAGAUGAAGGGGACACUGACAGUCUGAUGGAGUGGUGGAACACAGUGGAGUAUUGGGAUGAAAUUCCUUCAAACGACACCAUCAGCUCUAAAGAGGAGGAGACUAUCUCGUUUAAGGCAGUAGCGGAGCAGGUCCACCGUGGUCUGCGAGUGUACCUGAAGCUCUUCAUGGAGCGCGCUGAGCUGCUCUACCAGCAUGUGUUGAUCUUAUAUGCCAUCGCAGACGACCUCAGCAGCUUCCACCAUCGCUCCAAAAUCGCCAACAUCGCUGGUGGCACCACCACGGCUGUAGGGGGAGCUGCUGCUAUCGCAGGGCUGGCGCUGGUGCCCGUCACCUUCGGCGUCUCUAUCAUCAUCUCCGCCAUCGGCCUUGGGGUCGCCACGGCUGGAGGAAUCACUGCGGCUUCAGCCACCAUAUCUGACAACGUCAACAACAUGCAUGACCGUAAGAAGAUUGAGGUGAUCGUUCAGGACUAUGAGACUCAGCUGGUGGAGAUGCAGCGCUGUCUGCAGUUCAUCAUCGAGGGUCUGUCUCGACUGCGGAAUCACGCUCUGCUGCGGAGGAACAACUACUACACGGGCGACUGGGAGGUGCGGCGCGCCCUGCAGACCAUCAGCCUGGUCAGCGAGCCGGUGGACCGAGCAGAGGACAUCAUCACCAACACACUGCUGAAGCUGGCCAGCCUGCACACAGGCAUCGACAAAUACUUCACUAAAGACAUGAAGGAGGUAAAGAAGGGCUGCAAGAAGGAGGUGACGGCCGAGGUGCGCAGUAUAGCCAAACAGCUGCAUCAGGGGCUGGUGGAGCUCAACACUAUCAGAGGACAACUGCUGGACGCCAGCGGGAACAUCUAAACUGGGGGAGGGGAGGAAUGUGGGGAAGGAGUCUGAAAGAGGGGGAGGAGUUUGAGUAUGGAAGAGGAGUCAGGGGCUGGUGGAGCUCAACACUAUCAGGAGACAACUGGUAGCUGGAUGCUAGCGGGAACAUCUGAACUGGGGGAGGGGAAGGAGUCUGAGGAAGAAAUCUGGGUAUGAGGAGGAGUUUGAGUCUGGGUAUGGUGAGCAGUCUGUGGAUGAAGUCUGGGUAUAGUGAGGAGUCUGGGGAAGGUUUCUGGGUAUGGGGAGGCAUUUGAGUCGGAGUAUAGUGAGGAGUCUGGGGAAAGAGUCUGGGUAUGGUGAAGAGUCUGGGGAAGGAUUCUGGUAUGGGGAGGUGUUUAAGUCUGGGUAUGAUGAGUAGUCUGGAGAAGGAGUCUGGGUGUGGUGAGGAGUAUGGGGAAGGAGUCUGAGUAUGGUGAGGAGUCUAGGGAAGGAUUCUGGGUAUGGGGAGGAGUUUGGGUUUGGGUAUGAUAAGAAGUCUCGAGAAGGAGUCUGGGUAUGGGGAGGCGUUUGAGUCUGGGGAAGGAGUCUGGGUAUGGGGAGACAUUUGAGUCUGGGGAAGGAGUCUGGGUAUGGGGAGGAGUUUGAGUUUGGGUAUGGUGAGGAGUCUGGGUAUGAGGAGGAGUUUAAGUUUGGGUAUGGGGAGGAGUUUGAGUCUGGGGAUGGUAAGGAAUCUGGGGGAGGCGUCUGGGUAUAGGGACAAGUAUAGGGAGGGGAGAAGUUUGAGUUUAGGGGAGGAGGUGUGGUCUGAGGGAGGAGUCUAGGGUGAAGUCUUCAUCUUGGGGAGGAGUCUUUGUCUGGAGGAGGAGUCUGGAUUUGAGGGAGGAGUUUGGGUCUGGGGAGGGUUUUGAGACAGGGACAGGAAUCUGUGGAAGAAAUACGAGGCUGAAGGAGAUGUAAGAAUAUAGGAAAGGGGUUUGAGUGAGUGACUCUAAGCAGCAACUUUGCAGAUUUUGGGCUGAAUUAUACUCCUGCGUCGAGUGAUCAAUGUGACCCACAGCGCAUACCUUGCACAUAGCCAUGCAUUUAUACUUCUGCGUGCUGUUUGUGUUGCUCUGCAAUAACACUUCUGAAAUGCUAGCUGGCAGUGAGGAUUUUACGUUCGAUUUUAGGUUUCUUUGUGGGUGUUUGUUUACACUGGAAAAACCUGUAAUGCAACCUUAAUGUACAAGUAGCGGACAUGCAACAACUUUAAUCAUAAAGUAAAUACAAAACAAAAGUUUCCAUAUGGAGCUCCUCAGCAGGACCCCACACUUAUUCCCCAGCUCUCACCCCCACCCACACUCAUCAAUGCUACCAAGCUGACCAAUCACAGAGCUUACGCUAUGCAUCAUUGCAAUGUGUACAUUUUUUGGUGCACAUCAGCCACGGUGAAGGGUAUGCGACCGUGCAAAGUAUGCGCCUUAUAAAUCAGCCUUAUGGCUACUUUCAACUCCACUUUUAGAACUUCCUUUUCCUUGUUGCCUCAACCACACGAUUUUGACAGAGAAAGCAAGUCUUGCUUCAUAUGUCCACUCCAACACAUAUAUGUCCCAAAAUGCAAUGCGAUUAGUAAUCAAUGCAAUGCAAUCAGUGUAGUUUCAAAGUGUUCAAGGGUUUAGGGCAAUCCAUUUUAACCCAUUCAGAUGCUGAGCCAGUAGUCCACACUUGAGCCCGUGGGAGGAGUCUGAAUCAGUAGGAGUCUAGCUAUGAAAGUUGGCUGAAUCAGUGGCAUUUGCUGCUCCUCUGCACAUGGCAGAAAGAAACUUGAAAUUCAGCAACUCUCAUUAUAAACCAUCUCUGCCUCUUGAUUUACAGUAUUCUCGCUUGAGCAUACUUGUAAUGAAAACCAGAUAUCCAAGAGAUUUCUAGAAGACGUAACAGCAAAGUUCCCAUCAUGUUUACUGAAUUGUGGAAAGCAAGGUAAUUGCGACUUUUCACCCAGCGAACUUUCCAUAACUUUGUCAAAUGGUUCCUGUUUAAGAAUGUGCUUUGUAGUUACAUAUAUAAAUCCAAACAUUAACCUUCCCAGAUCAUUGUAGGAAGGUUUUCCUAAGAGCUUAAUAAGAACAUUUAAUUUAAGGUUAUGCCAAUCUUACCUUAACCUAAAGAUUAUUUUACAUAUACUUUUUUUAACUUUUAAUUGUUUACCAUCAGAGAAAGUUUGGUUAGCUGUUAGCUGGCUAACUCUGUUUUGUUUAUAUUUAAUCACUCUUAUAGUUUUAGGUUUAUAUUUCACAGUUCAGACAUUUUUUUUAUUGUUUUGCUAGAUGUAAACCCAGUCUGAGACAAAAUCUUAAAAUGUACAGAUACAAAUGAGAAGCCAAAAUGAAUUGUGAGGUUCUGCUUUAGCAGAAACUUCCAUAACUGUUCAUAAAUAGUCUACAAAAUCAUUUGUAUUAUAUUUUAAACAAUUUCUGAACUAUCUGCAGCUUGAAUGUGCGCAUAUUUCAGUGCCAAUCUGUUUGUUUAGGUGUAGAAAUCAAGCCCAUUCUGCUGCUUUAUAGUGGAAACUGAUGUUUUGAUUCAUGAAUGUUUAAGAUAUUGUGAUAAUUAUGAACAUAAGUGGCUUUAUUCUUACUCUUCUAGUCAUUUAUUGAGACUAAUGGAUCAGAAGUCAAAUAAGGUCUAAAUAUACAGAUUGAAUAUCACAUGGUGUUAAACUGUUUGUGCUCCAGGCUAUCUGUUGUUGUUGUUGUUAUGUUUAAUGAAGUGCACAGAACUGCUUUUAUAUAGAUGUGAAUGUCAUAUAUGCUCUUGUUUUGCACCAGUGGUAUUACUGCUAAUAUCUCUUUACAUGAUGUGCAAUACAGAAAAGAUAUUUAAAUAAAAAAUACAACAUGUA